AUGCCCGGUCCCGAGCUGUCCCCCCCGCCGGGUGCCCCGGCCCCCCCGGAGGCACCGGCCGACGGGGGCCAGAGGAAUGUGCCGGGCACCGGAGCCGCUUGCCGGAAUCCCGCCGGCCAGCGGCCACCGUCCCCAUCCCCAUCCCCAUCCCCGGGGGACGUGUCUGCUUCCAAUUAG